AUGGCUUAUCGUAUUCUUUCAGACCUUAUGGAGCACGGAAUCAUCUACCCAACAAGUAGGAUAGAAUCCACAUGGUUGCAUGUGCUACCGUAUGGAUAUCCGAUUCCAACGCUGAACCGAGACAAAGAACUACAAAAAGCUCACAAAUUACUUGAAAUGGCGAACAUCUAUUCUCGUGGACGAUUCGGCAGCUGGCGAUAUGAAGCAGCUAAUCAAGAUCAUAGCUUUACAAUGGGAACAGAGGUGAUCGACAGAAUCGUCUUCGCUGCAGAGGAAACCAUAUAA